CUUACAAAACCCAUCUUCAGCUUCGUUAAUUCAGUAUGUAUUGCACAAAAUCAAUGCCUCUUCCUUUCUUACUCUUCUCUCUUACCCUUCUUCAUGCAGCCACUGCAGGAAACCCACUAUACAAUAUCUGUUUUAACAAAGACCCUUCUUCAUGCAGCCACUGCAGGAAACCCACUAUACAAUAUCUGUUUUAACAAAGACAACUACACCACCAACAACCGUUAUCGUAACAACUUGAAUGAUUUACUAAGUAUCUUAGCCUACAAAGCUUCUCUGACCGGAUUUGGGCUUGGAUCCGUCGGAAAAGUCCAAGAUUAUGUAAGCGGGCUCGCUCUAUGCCGUGGAGACGUCUCGAGCCCAGAUUGUAAAACUUGUAUCAAUGAUGCUAGUAAAGAGCUUCUCCAACGCUGCCCUAACAACAAAGGAGCAAUCAUUUGGUACGAAAAUUGCUUGCUAAAAUACUCAAACGUCAAGUUCUUCGGUAAAAUCGACUACGACAACAAGUUCUUAUUGUCCAAUGUGAAGGAUGUGGAAGGUGAUCCAGAGGUGUUUUAUGGAAAAGUGAAGGAGUUAUUGAGUGGUUUGGCUAAUAAAGCUGAGGCUACAGAGAAAUUGUACGCGCCCGGGGACCUUGAGUUGAAUAAAAAUGAGAAGUUGUACGGAAUUGUUCAGUGUACAAGAGAUCUUUCAAGUGCUGAUUGUAAGAAGUGUCUUGAUGAUGCAAUGAAUGGACUCCCAGGGUGUUGUUCUGGAAAGAGAGGAGGGAGGAUUGUGGGUGGGAGCUGCCAUGCUGGAUAUGAACUUUAUCCCUUUAUUAAUCAAUAGAUCUAUAUAGUAUAUACCCUCAUAAUGGGUUAAGCACUAAAUAAAUAAAUAAAUAAUUAAUUUGUAUUAAUUAUUAAUUAAUGGUAUGAGUAGUGUUGCUUUGCCAACCUAAUUAUGAA